AUGAGCAUCGAGACAGAGAGCCAGCCUACUCCAUCAGCAACACCUACUGAAGAUAUCUCCAAGGUCAAAGAGAUAUCACCAGAGACAUCAAAAUCAGAAGAGAAAGAGAAAGACACAUCCACAUCAAACUACUCCCCAGCAAAUCUACUCUCAAGUCUCCUCUCUCCAUUCUCUUUCUCAGGCACAUCUUCAGAGCCAACAAUAUCAAGCAAAGAAAAGAAGGAGACCAAAACUCCAACUAAAAUAUCAAUCGAAACACCAACACAAUCCCCAGAACCAUAUUACACCCCCGAAGAAACACCUCUCUUCAAGACCCUCUACAAAACCCGUCUAACAAAAACUCGCACAAAACAACUCCUCCGUGCAGGAGAGCGGGCAUACAAUGACCCACCGCCUCCACCGGGACUUGGUGAUUGCUGUGGGAGUUCGUGUGACCCCUGUGUAAGGGAUUUAUGGAAGCAAGAGAUUGGGAUUUGGAGGGAGAGAUGGGGGGAUUGGGGUGUUGAAGAUGGAGCAAAAGGGAGUGAGAAGAAAGAGAAAUUGGGGAAGAAGAAAGAGUUAGAAUGGUAG